CUGACUGUUUGAACCGGAGCGGCGCUCCAGCAGCGGUUGGUUGUGAACUUUAUGAACAUGUCGACAUUACUUUGACAUUGUUGUCAGCUUGUUUUAGUCGAUUCAACAAACUCGAAUCUGAAGAAAACAACUAAAAGUCUUUUCACAGACAUAAAACUCCCUGGAGAAGUUUCUGUUGAGUUCGGCUGCAAGCACGGAGGGUCUGAGAGGACACCUGUAAAGAUGUCUUCUGGGCAGUCAUUAGGUGGCUUGGAUGCUUCUAUGCGCUGGCUGAAUGAGGAAUCCUUGCCAGAUAGUACCCUCUUUGAUGUUACAUGUGAACCAGCUCUUCCUGCUACACCUGUAACAGCUGGGUCGGUGAAAAGCAGGUUUACCUUUCUCCAGACCUCCCAGUUGAGUUCCUCCACCAAUUUAAACACCACUGGUCAAACACCCUGCCCUCAGAAAAAGACCCUGGAUCUUCUCCAGUCUAAUGUGAGCAGUCCCAAAGCGGAGAAUGAAACUUUCGACACUAAACUUUCUGUACAGAAUGGCACAAAAACGUUCUCAGAAACGAGCUCAAGUGAUACUUCGAGUGAUAAAGAAAACAAUUCUGAAGUCCACUCUCCUGGACUGCCUAAACAUAAUUGGAAAACAGCUAGUACAGACCCUGAUGACAUGAUGGUUGACCCCCCUGAGAAUAUGUAUGCUCCGGAGCUUUGGAUGGAUUUCCAACGCUCCCCAGAAAUCACUCUCCUUGAUGUUACACGUGAUCCAGAGCUACCACAAGGAGAGGAAUUAUCCACCAUGUACACACAGGGUAGUGUUUUUGAAAACAGUAGGCCUUUGUUGGAGCCCAGUGAACCAAACACAGUGAAGAUUCAAACGUCAGCUGAUGACACAUUUGGUACCCAUCCUGCUAAUUUUACUCACGACAUAAGCUCCUCGAGUGACAAGUCUGUUCAGUGUGCUGCAUCACAGUCCUCUAUUUCUGAUGUGCAGUGCAACACUAGUUCAAAGACUGUCACGUCUGAGCUUCAUGGUGAACCUGUGCUGACCUCUAAUGCUGUGGAAGCUAACAGUGAAGAGCCACUUAGCAGCCAUGACGCCGAGUCGACCAGCAAGGAGCCACAACCAAGCCCAAAAACAUCUGAGUCUGUGAACAACACGUUUACCUCUCUCCAGCCCUCCCAGUUGAGUUCCUCCGCCGAUUCAAACACCACUGCUCAAAAUAAGACACUGGAUGUCUCCCCAUCUAAUGUAAACAGUCCCAAAGCGGAGAGUGAGGCUACAGAUCAGGCUAUUUCAGUCUCUAACAACAGCACCGAAACUUCCCUUGUUAUAAAUCAAAAUAGCUCCGCUGUAAAGGCAGGUGGUUCAUGUGAUAUGCAGAACGCCACUUUUGAUAGACAUUCUCUUCAAAAAUCCAGCGCCAAUACUAUUUUAGGGGACGCUGGUGCUGCAACCUUUUGUCUCCAAAACAACACUUUCGACACUAAACCCCCUUCAAAGCAGAAUGGCACCAUAACUUUGUCAGAAACAGACUCAAGUGACAGUCACCAGAACACUUUCGACAAGCCUUCUCCCCUUAAGGGCUGUAAUGCAACGAGUAGCCCGAAAGAAAACAAUUCUGAAGUCCACCCACCUGAAGUGUCGAAACAUAAUGGGACACCUGCUAGUACAGACCCUAAUGCCAAGACGGCUGACACGCCUGAGAGCACGUUUGAAGUUAAUCCAGCUGGUGAGACUCAGGGUCUUUCACAAUCAUGUCUGCCUUUAACAGACGGUCUUUCUGACAAUUCAGAAUCAAUUCUAACAAAUCAAAACAUGGAUACGGAGGACAACAAAGCAAACACAUUCGACCCUUUGAUCACUUCAACACCAAUGAUUAGCUGUAAAAUUGUUAACUUUAACACUCAACGGGAGGAGGGCAAAAUCAUAGUAGCACAGAAAAAACUGUACGGGGAUGGCCCCAGUAAGCCAGAUGGUCAGGUGCCGUCAGACGUUCCGUCAAACAUCGCCUGCGAUCGAAAAACGUUCUUGACGCAGCCAGCUGCUAAAUCCCUUUUGCCUCCUCCGAAAGCUGCAUCCCAGUUGUUGAGACACAAGCCAGCCUCUGCACUUCCAGGAAGGUUUGAGAUGUUGACGUCAGGCCUGCCCAUGACGAGACAAAGAACCCAAGCCGAAGCUUUGAGAAAUACGACUGCUCCUGAUACACUCCAGACCUCAGGAAUAUCAAGCUCUUACAAGUUACGUGCUACAACAACAGGAUCCAAGCAAACCAAUCCAGGUUUGCAGAGACCUCGGUUGAGCAGCAUGCCGUCUGGCAUCCAGAGAGCUGCGACAGGUCUCAGGCCGCCAUCGCUGAGAAGCAACACACAAGCUGCUUCAAGCACUAACAAACUUAAUGGACCCACAGCAGCUACUAACCCUGUGAUGAGGACUUCUCAAGCAAAGAAGCAACCCUUAACUAGAGGUGAAGCUUUUCCAAUAGCAAAGAGGAAGAAAAUGGAUACUACAUUACCACCCAGUUGCGCUGAAUUCUCAAUAACUUCCUGUGAUGCUGCAAACGGAAGCAAAAACCUGAAACCGGCCAUCGCCACUAAGAGAGCUUUGCCAGCUAAAACUCAAAGGGACAAUGCUGCAGUGCCAGCCAGUACUGCUGCUGAAAUCUCAACAUCUUGCGAUGUUAGUAGAGCCAGAGCCCUGAAACAGCCUGCGACCAGCCAUAGAGCUCAGCUAGCUAAACCCAGAGGCCACGGUUGUGCCAACUGCGUCGUGCUUGAACAGCAACUCAAAAUGCAGUCAGAAGAAAUAAGGAGACUGAAAGAAGAGCUGCUGGAGAAAAGUAAACAAGAGGAAGAUCUUUAUUUUUAAUUUGAUUUAAUUACCUUUUUUUCCAUUGCCAGUGUAAAUAUUAUAUGUAAUAUAAUAAUAGUAAUAAGUAUAUUAAUCGACAACACAGAAAUUAAAAUAUUAUAUAGCGUUGCACUGUCAAUGUUUAUACCUUUUUAAUAUUGCGUUUCACAUCUUGACAUUAUAUUGUGUGACAAUAAUAACCCACUGAGAUGCUUGAUGUGGUCUUUGGAGUAUGCAUGUAUCAUCUGUGAUAUUUGAAAUAAAUAUGCUUUGAAUUAUC